AUGAGUUGUGAGUCAACCACUGUAAUGGAUCCCAUUCGAAUCUUGCUAGUGGGCAAUGGGGGACGUGAGCAUUGCCUUGCCUGGAAGCUUAGCCAGUCGCCUCGGGUCGAGGCUAUCAUCGUCGUCCCGGGAAAUGCAGGCACUGAACUUUGUGCCAAAACUACCAAUGUUACAUCCGUUCAGCCCGAUGACUUUUCUGGUCUUGCCGAACUCGCCCGGCGCAUGAACAUCAAUUUACUAGUUCCCGGGUCAGAAGCGCCCUUGGUAGCAGGCAUUGAGUCUUACUUUCGCGCCGUCGGCAUUCCAUGCUAUGGUCCUUCCAAGCAGGCAGCACGUCUAGAGGGCAGCAAGACUUUUUCCAAGGACUUCAUGAACCGUCACAAUAUUCCCACAGCAGAAUAUCGAAACUUUUCCGACUACGAUCAUGCUAAGAAUUAUCUCGAAGAAGUCCCCCACAAAGUUGUCAUUAAGGCAAGUGGUCUGGCUGGUGGGAAGGGUGUCAUAAUUCCCGAUAGCAAAGAAGAGGCAAUUACUGCCUUGAAUGAGAUUAUGCUCCAACGGGAGUAUGGCAAUGCAGGUAAUGAAGUAGUUAUUGAGGAAUUCCUCGAAGGGGAUGAAUUGAGUAUUCUAAGCUUCAGCGAUGGGUACACUAUUCGCUCACUCCCUCCCGCUCAAGACCAUAAGAGGAUCUUCGAUGGGGACCAAGGGCCAAAUACUGGUGGAAUGGGCUGCUAUGCUCCGACAAAAACUGCCACCAAAUCUCUAAUAGAUGAGAUUGAGAGAACAAUUUUAGAGCCAACUAUUCUUGGUAUGCGAAAAGAAAGCUCACCAUUCAUUGGCACCCUAUUUACCGGGCUGAUGAUAACAAAAAAUGGUCCCAAGGUGCUGGAGUACAACGUACGAUUUGGAGACCCUGAAACUCAGACUCUAUUACCAUUAUUAAGCAACGACACAGAUCUGGCAGAAAUUAUGAUUGCCUGUGCAGGGCGCUAUUUAGACUGUGUAAAAAUCAGUAUCAACCCAAUGUUCAGUGCAACUGUAGUCAUUGCAGCUGGCGGCUAUCCCGGAAAAUAUUCCAAGGGGGCCCCUAUCAAGCUUUGUGCACCUGUCUCGUCUACUUUUAAUAUUUUUCACGCAGGAACGACAUCUCAAGAUGGUCAACUUCAAACUGCGGGGGGAAGAGUGAUAGCUGUCCAAGCUUUAGCCAUAAGCUUGGAGCAGGCAGUAAAAAAUGCAUAUGAAUCUAUUAAGUAUGUGCAAUUUGAGGGAAUGUAUUACCGUAAAGAUAUUGCUCAUCGGGCCUUUAGAAACAAUCAGUCGGAAAAAGAAGCUCUCACUUAUGGUGCAGCUGGUGUGGACAUAGACGCUGGAAAUGCUUUUGUUGAACGGAUCAAGAAAGCUGUAGCCUCCACAGCUCGCGCUGGGGCUGAUGCUGAGAUUGGUGGAUUUGGAGGCGAGGUUGAUCUAGAGAGGGCGGGAUUCAAGGGAGCACCUAUCCUUGUCGGCGCUAUCGAUGGCGUUGGAACUAAAUUAAUGAUUGCUCAAGCGAUGAAAAAGCAUGGAACUGUUGGAAUUGACCUCGUCGCCAUGAAUGUCAACGAUUUAAUUGUGCAGGGAGCCGAGCCUCUGAUGUUUCUCGAUUACUAUGGGUGUAGUAAUUUGAAUCAAAGAAAUGCGACUAGCUUUGUGGAAGGAGUUGCUAGCGGAUGUCGAAUAGCAGGUUGUGCCCUAGUGGGGGGAGAGACAGCAGAGAUGCCUAAUAUGUACAAGCUGGACGAUUAUGAUGUUGCAGGUGCUGCUAUUGGAGUGGUUACAUCUGACCUAAAGUUGCCCUUAAAGGAUGGAAUGGUAGCUGGAGACAUAUUGAUAGGUCUUGCCUCGGAUGGAGUCCAUUCUAAUGGCUUUUCGCUCGUACGCCGAAUUGUAGAGAGGGAAGGCCUUAACUAUGACUCGGAUCUAGCGCCGUGGGAUCAGUUUAGACUUCUCGGAGAUAGUCUUCUCACACCUACGCGUAUCUAUGUGGCCUCGGUGCUCCAAGUCACUCGUCAAAAGCUUGUCAAGGGACUCUCGCAUAUCACCGGCGGUGGCUUGAUAGAAAAUAUUCCGCGCGUGCUGCCAGUCCAUCUAGCUGCCGAAAUUGAUUUGACUAGUUGGCCGCGUCCAGCAGUCUUUCAGUGGCUACAGCGAGCUGGAAACGUACCUGUGGAGGAGAUGGCAAAGACUUUCAACUGUGGAAUUGGCAUGGUCGCUGUUGUGAGUGUGGAGAAGCUCGAAUCAGUAGUUCAAGCUUUUGAAUUGGCUGGAGAGACAGUUUACCGUAUAGGAUAUUUAAUACCGCGUACCGAUAACGCACCGUGCAAGCUCAUUAAUCUUGAGAGUUGGGUAUGA